AUGGCGCGCGACGAAAUGGGGCCGCCAGCCAAAAGGCAGAAGAGCUCUGGGAACCUCCCACCUCAACUGCGAGACGCGAAACGCAAGGACAUUGACAACUGGGAAACGAAUCGUAUGCUCACGUCAGGUGUUGCACAGCGGCGAGACUUUGAUGGCGACUUCAUGCCCGAGGAUGAGGAGGCCACUCGAGUUCAUUUAUUGGUUCACGACCUCCGACCACCCUUUCUCGACGGCCGUACGAUCUUCACCAAACAGCUCGAGCCGAUCUCUGCCAUUCGAGACCCCCAAAGCGACAUGGCUGUCUUCAGCCGAAAGGGGAGUAAGGUCGUUCGAGAACGCCGGCAACAGCGCGAGCGACAGAAGCAGGCCCAGCAGGCUACGUCUAUGGUUGGCACAGCUUUGGGCAACUUGACGGGCGUGAACGAGGACGAAGGCGAUAGUGCUGUUGCGGCGCCGGUUGAAGACGUCUACAAGGGUGGUGGAAAUAAAUUCGCCCAGCAUAUGAAAAAAGAUGAGGGCGGGGCCAGCGCAUUCAGUAAAAGCAAAACUUUGCGCGAGCAGCGAGAGUUCUUACCUGCAUUUGCAGUUCGUGAAGAUCUACUGAGAGUUAUUCGCGAUAACCAGGUCGUGGUGGUAGUUGGCGAAACGGGCUCUGGAAAGACUACCCAGUUGACCCAAUUCCUCGCCGAAGACGGUUACUCGAAAUUCGGCAUGAUUGGAUGCACGCAGCCCCGCCGUGUGGCGGCAAUGAGUGUCGCAAAGCGUGUCAGUGAGGAGAUGGAGGUUGAUCUCGGAGCAGAGGUCGGCUAUGCUAUUCGUUUCGAAGAUUGCACCAGUGACAAGACCAUGAUCAAAUAUAUGACUGACGGUGUACUUCUGCGAGAGUCUUUGACCCAGCAAGACCUUGAUAAAUACUCAUGUAUUAUCAUGGACGAAGCACACGAAAGGGCCUUGAAUACUGAUGUCUUGAUGGGUCUUCUUAAAAAGGUGCUAGCUCGGCGCAGAGAUCUUAAGCUGAUUGUCACAUCCGCGACGAUGAAUGCAGAGCGCUUUUCCCGGUUCUAUGGUGGUGCCCCCGAAUUCAUCAUCCCGGGUAGAACUUUUCCUGUGGAUCUUCACUUCUCGCGCACGCCUUGUGAGGAUUACGUCGAUAGUGCAGUCAAGCAGGUCUUGGCGAUUCAUGUUUCGCAAGGGCCGGGCGAUAUUCUUGUGUUCAUGACGGGACAAGAGGAUAUUGAGUCCACCUGCGAAUUAGUCGAAGAGCGAUUGAAAAUGCUGAAUGAUCCACCAAAACUCAGCAUUCUACCUAUUUACAGUCAAAUGCCUGCAGAACAACAGGCAAGAAUCUUCGAGAGAGCAGACGCCGGUGUACGCAAAGUCAUCGUCGCCACGAAUAUUGCCGAGACUAGUUUGACUGUUGAUGGUAUUAUGUACGUUGUGGAUUCAGGAUACUCGAAGCUCAAGGUGUACAACCCGCGCAUGGGCAUGGACACUCUCCAGAUCACACCGAUCUCCCAAGCCAAUGCCAAUCAGCGAUCUGGACGAGCUGGGCGAACCGGCCCUGGAAAGGCUUAUCGUCUGUACACGGAGACUGCUUAUAAGAAUGAGCUUUACAUACAGACGAUUCCUGAAAUCCAGCGCACCAGCCUCGCCAAUACCGUGCUGCUGCUGAAGUCUCUGGGUGUCAAAGAUCUUAUGGACUUUGACUUUAUGGACCCUCCACCCCAAGAGACUAUUAGCACAUCCCUUUUCGAACUCUGGGCACUCGGAGCUCUGGACAACCUGGGUGAACUCACACACCUGGGUCGUCGCAUGACGCCGUUCCCCAUGGAUCCCCCCCUGGCCAAGCUCCUCAUCACUGCUUCCGAGGAAUACGACUGCGGCGAAGAGAUGCUUACCAUCGUCUCCAUGCUCUCUGUCCCAAGUGUUUUUUAUCGUCCUAAGGAACGCCAGGAAGAGUCCGACUCGGCGCGUGAAAAAUUCUUCGUGCCCGAAUCAGACCAUUUGACUCUGCUGCAUGUUUAUACACAGUGGAAGUCAAACGGCUAUUCCGACGCCUGGUGUAUCAGGCACUUCCUCCAUGCCAAAUCCCUUCGACGCGCCAAGGAGGUCCGUGACCAGCUGCACGAUAUCAUGACCGUUCAGAAAAUGCCACUGUCCAGUUGUGGCACAGAUUGGGACGUCAUCCGUAAAUGUAUCUGCUCCGGCUUUUACCACCAAGCCGCGCGCGUUAAGGGAAUCGGCGAGUUCAUCAAUCUCCGCACCAGUGUGACCAUGGCUUUGCACCCAACCAGUGCAUUGUACGGUCUCGGCUACGUACCAGAGUACGUAGUCUACCACGAAUUGAUCUUGACAGCCAAGGAGUACAUGUCGACCGUGACGGCCGUCGAUCCACACUGGCUCGCCGAACUCGGAGGUGUCUUCUACUCGGUCAAAGAAAAGGGUUAUUCAAAGCGUGAUCGACGUGUGACGGAAUUGGAAUUCAACAAGCGCAUGGACAUUGAAGAGCAAAUGGCCGUGGAUCGUCAACGCGCCGCGGCUCAGAAACAACGCGAGGAGGAACGCAUGGAUCCCGCUCGCCGCAAGACAGAGGUCGAAGUUGGAGGAAAAUCAGCAGUGCGGCGUCCUGUUGUCAAACGGCCUGGCAAAGUUGGUGGUCUGACUGCUUCGUCUUCGCCUCGGCCUGGUGGUGGAAGUGGUAGCGUUGUCAAGAAACCCACGAUACCACGCCGGCCAGGACGGACGUUCUAA